AUGGAAAAACGUUUGAAGAGAUCAAUUCUUGGCGACAAGGCAAAAGAAAAAAAUAGGAAAACCAUUACACAUGGCUUCUCAAGUGAACAAUGCCCGCAGUCGAUUCCAGUGGUGCGUUCCGUGUCGAAAAAAAUGGCACUAUUACGUCCUCCUGAGGAAAAUACUCCCCCACAUCGUGAUCCGGUGGAACCGCCUCCGCCAAUGAUUGAGUCGUCCUUGUACUCGAUUGUAUUAGACUAUGAGGACCGAGAGUAUCUCAAUUGUAUGAUGAGUGAGUAG